GUAAUUUCUUCUAUUCCUUUCGCAUUGCUUAAAUGUUUUACCAAUUCAGCGAUAUGACUGUAACCGGCGUCGUUAAACAAGGUUUAAGUCUACGAUGAAAUUCAUCAAAUACCCCCUGGUGUUUAUUAAUUGGUUUAUUAUCAUAUAUUUUUCUGGUAUCAAAUGCGAUAUAACACUCCUAGACCUGAAAGUACGAAACAGCGUCCACUUUCACAGUUCAGCCAUUCCUGGUUUGUACAAGAUCCACAUGACCGAAAACAAUCAUUUUUACAAUCGACCAGUUCCGAUAUUCGGCAUACACGGAGUCAAAAACUGCAACAACUUGUGCUUCAAUUUUAUGCACGAUAAAAGCUUCAAUUUCACAGUGAGAGAUUGCAUAUUCUACGCCAUGCAGGGAUUCGAUUACGAACAACGCGAGCAACGCCAAUACGUCUUGAACAUCAUAGCUGUAUCGCUGGUGGAAAAGCCAGUUAAAGUUUACAUACACAUUAAGAACAUCGACGAUGAAAAGCCUUCCAUCGAACAGCCCAAUUGCGCUUUUAUCGAGAACGUUAUGUACAAUUCGAGGAACAGUACUUGCACUUUCAAAGUCACCGAUCCCGACGGGGGUGCUGAUAAAUUGGAUUUGAUCAUUUCCCCAGGAGUGGCGAACGAAGACGAUUUAUUCGAUCUGACAAUGUUGACGAAGAGGAAUUCCUGGGUGAAAGAGGCCACUGUUAUUUUAUCCACCGUCAAACCCAUCGGUUUGAUCAACAGCGAAAUCGAUCGUUACCAUUUCACCAUUACCGUUGUGGACACGUCCGGGAAUUUUUCGAGUCGAAUCGCCACGGUUAUAAUAUUAAAAAGAAGUAUAUAAACAAUUAAAUAAAAAUUUGCUUUAU